AUGCUGAAGAAGAAGACGUUGGCGCCUGCCUUCUUCUGGAAUUUCUCCCCGUCCACCACUCCCGAAUUAUCACCUACCUCGUCGGACAGUGAUUCCGACGAGGAUAUGGAUUCGUCCGGCUCCCGACCGGUUAGUUUGGCCGUUUCGUCGGGAGCCUUUUGUCCCAUGCGACCAACCCUCGACGAUGUCUUGGCCAACACCGCUCCCCCGCCAUAUACUCUCAGCGCAUUCAUGGCCUACCUAUCCCAGAACCAUUGCCUCGAGACCCUCGAAUUCACCCUCGAGGCCAAACGCUAUCGGGAAACAUACCACGCCCUGGUCGAUCGGUUAGGGGAGGUCGCCGUCACCACAGAUACCCCCGAGGCACAGCACUUACAGAUGCUAUGGCAGCGGUUAUUGGUGGCCUAUGUCUACCCGGGUGCCCCACGAGAAAUCAACCUUUCCAGUGAAGUCCGGGAUACCCUCCUCGACCACCGAAACGCGCCCUUCCCGCCUGUCCCCGAGACCCUCGACUUUGCCGUGAAGAACAUCCACGAGUUGAUGGAGGAGUCAAUUUUCCUGCCUUUUCUCAACAGUCACACGACCUCCCCGUCCGUGUAUCCCUCCGAGCCUCCAUUCGCCGCCGACGAUUCCAUCAAUUUGUCGAGCACCAGUUUGGACGAACACCCGAUGAAAAAGGUUCGCUCAAGGGUAAAACGUAUCUCGCCGCAGUCAUCUGUCAGGGAUUUACCGGGUUCGCUGAGCCGUGGGAAUCACUCGUUAGGAGCCGUCCACGCUAUCGGGAAACGGACUUCGGGUGCCCUCCUAAGUACAAGUGGUGACUCCAUCGGCAUGGCUCUUACCGAUGAUUCGAGCCCUCAGUCAAGUCCCACUGCUGAGGAGCCUAUGACACCGCCGACCACCCCACCGGCUAGUGAGCCUCAUCUUCCCAUGCACAGCCCCAAGAUGCGUACCGAGAACCCGUGGAAGAAGAUGGGGAUGAAGCUGGGCUUCAAGAAGCGCUCUACCGGAAGUGCUUCUUCUCGCGAUCCCAAGAUCCUCGGUCUCGAUGACUAG